AGUCCGUGUGUUUCUCUUUCAUGGAGUGAAGCAGAUUCUCCUUUUGUGGGUAAAGUUUCACAUUAAAGGUUGAAGCUGCAGGACGUCAUGGCUCACAUCACCAUCAACCAGUACCUGCAGCAGAUUUAUGAAUCCAUCGAUAAUCACGACGGCUCGUUCUGUGCCGAGCUUCUCUCCUUCAAACAUCCGCAUGUUGCCAACCCUCGACUCCAGCUGGCCAGUCCAGAGGAGAAGUGUCAGCAGGUUCUGGAGCCGCCGUACGAUGAGAUGGUCGCAGCUCAUCUCAGGUGUACGUACGCAGUGUCCAAUCACGACUUCGUAGAGGCGUACAAGUUCCAGACCAUCGUCGUCCAGUCCUUCCUGAGAGCGUUCCAGUCACACAAAGAGGAGAACUGGGCUCUUCCUGUGAUGUUCGCCGUCACGCUGGAUCUCAGGAUCUUCGCCAACAAUGCGGAGCAGCAGCUGCAGAAGAAGGGCAAAGGUCAGCCGAGUGAGAUGUUGGAGAAAGCAGCCGAACAGCUGAUGAGCUGCUUCAGAGUGUGUGCCAGCGACAAUCGUGCCGGCAUCGAGGACUCAAAGAAAUGGGGGAUGAUGUUUCUGAGCAACCAGCUGUUCAAAAUCUACUUCAAGAUCAAUAAGCUGCACCUGUGUAAGCCUCUGAUCAGAGCCAUCGACAGCUCCAACCUGAAGAACGACUACAGUCCUGCUCAGAAAGUCACCUACAAAUACUACGUGGGCCGUAAAGCCAUGUUCGACAGCGACUUCAAACCAGCUGAGGAGUUCCUGUCGUUUUCCUUCCGUCACUGCCAUCGAUCCAGUCAGAAGAACAAGAGGAUGAUCCUCAUCUACCUGCUGCCCGUCAAGAUGCUGCUGGGUCACAUGCCGACUCAUCAGCUGCUCAGGAAGUAUGACCUCAUGCAGUUUGCUGAUGUCACCAAAGCUGUGAGUGAGGGGAACCUGCUGCUCCUGAACGAGGCGUUAUCCAAACACGAGACCUUCUUCAUCCGCUGUGGGAUCUUCCUGAUCCUGGAGAAGCUGAAGAUCAUCACCUACAGGAACCUCUUCAAGAAAGUGUACAUGUUGCUGAGGACUCAUCAGCUUCCUCUGGACGCCUUCCUGGUGGCUCUGAAGAUGAUGCAGGUGGAGGACGUCGACAUCGAUGAGGUGCAGUGUCUCCUGGCCAACCUCAUUUAUAUGGGUCAUAUUAAAGGAUAUAUUUCCCAUCAGCACCAGAAGCUCGUGGUCAGUAAGCAGAACCCGUUCCCGCCUCUGUCCUCCGUCUCUUAGACUACAUUACCCACAAUCCCCCUCUGACUCUUACUGGCCUUCCUGGGAACCAUUUUUUGUACUUUUUAGUUAAUUUUUUUUGUAUUAUGUGUUGUAAAAAAAAAUCAUUGAAAUAAAACAAAUGCUUG